AUGUCUACUACUACACUAGCCACCAAAUCCGAACUCAACUACCUGGAGAAAGAGGUUCGCACCUCUUUGUCUGCAAGUAGUUCGAGUACACUAUGCAGUACUCUAGAUGACCAGUCUCCCUUCCACCCAGACAAAACCCUCCUCAUCCAAGCCCGAGGCGUCGGAUGUUUUCGACUCCCUCUACCUAACCGCCAACUUGAAAUCGACAUCCUUCAUCCGGACGGCCAUCUAGCCUACACCUCGACCCGCGACCGGGUCUGCUCCGGCAACAGCGUCCUGUCCAACGCUAAACUCGGCGAUCUCAUUCGCACCGAGUACUUUUUCGGUCCGAAUCGGGAUCCCGUGGUUCAUCUCCUUCAAUCUUCUGCUGGGAAUACCAAUACCAAUACCGAAGAGAUACAUCUUCGUGGGCAAUGGACUUCGCGCUCGGUUUCGUUUACCACACCCUCGGGCAGUGAGUUGCGAUGGUCGUAUGCGAAAGAGAAACGACCUGAUGGUCGCAAAGUCAAUUUGAUUGUUUUGGGUGUGGUUGAGAACUCGACGGACGAGAAGAAAGCAUCGCAGAUUCCCGAGCGUCGUUUGGCGCAGCUUUUGCGAUGCGAAGAGACGAGAACGCCGCAGACUUCGAGGAGUUCGGCGGGGAAUGGGGGGACGUUGCAGAUGGAUGAGGAAGGGUUGCGAGAGUAUGGAGUCGAUGAGGCUCUUGUGGUCGCGACGUGUUUGACGAUGCUGAAGAAGGAGGUUGAUCGGCGUCGGAUGAUUCAGAUGAUGGUGAUUGCUGGGGCAGCUGGUGGUGGGUCAUAG